AUGCGUGCGCACUCUCUCCGCGCCACUCUCCCUGGGUUUCUUCACUCUGUGCUGCAGUCCACCGUUACCUCCUGCGUCGCGUUCGGUGCGCGCGCGUGGGACACCCUUCUUCCUAGAUUCCCGUCCUAUUGGAGGAACGUGAUUCUCGCUCCCACUUUGCUUUUUCUCCCAACAAAUUCAAUUCAAAUUCCUAACGAGGAGCAAGAGAUUCUAGACACAUGGAAAGCAAUAUUUUGCAAGGUUGAGUGA